AAAAGGAAGGAAGCAAGACUCAAAGCGACACCGUUUUAGUGGAAGGUGAAGGAAGCAAGGUAUGUCACUGGUAGACUACGACGAUUCUUCUUCCGACGACGAUGUCUUACCAGCGGCGGCGGUGCACAAGGAAGCUCUGCCACAACCACCGCAACAAAAACCCUCUCCCUCGAAAUCACGGAGGAGGUCUUUAAAUGAGAAGGUAGAAAGUGAGGUACUUCCUCAGCUACCAGAUGCUUUGCUUCUUCUGGAGUCACCAACGCUUACACACGUGAGUGGCGGCGGUGGUGACCAUGCUUCCGUUGUUGCAGCUGCAAUGCGGAAACGAGACUUAAAUGGCAACUCUUCUUCUCUUCCUCGUCGUCCCAAGGUGCCAAGAGGAGCUUUGCCUCAUUCCAAGAAUACUCCAGACACUAUGGGUAAUCUGCUUGUGCCUCCUCAGCUCAAAGGAAGGAGCAAUGUUGCCACAGAAGAUAUGAGCAAGCUUUUUGUGAAGAAACGGCAAGAGUCCUCCAAGGCAACAUCUCCUAAAAAGGAUUAGUUUCUUCAAUUUUGAAUGCAACCUAUAGUGUUGGUAUCUUAGUUUGUGGGGAAAUAAAAACAGAGCAUGUAACUUUACUUUCUUUCGUUUAUUUAUUACAUGAUUUCUAUCGUC